AGCCCAAUUCUUCAAGCAUUCUGAUGCUGUUUGUUGGCCCUUAAAGCGGGCCAAUUUUCGUAACAAAAGGGACAAAUAGCCAUCCCAACUUUCAACGCGCUUUUCCCUUUGAAACUUUGAAUGAAUGGUACUUUUUCUUUUUUUUUUCAUUCCCCAUUUAAAAUCGUUUCACAGCAUUUAGCGCUGCGUUUUGUGGCUUUCCUUCUCAUCUCUAGAGGAAACUCUGAAGCAGUAACAAUGGAGUACGAGAACAAGCUCGUUCUCGCUCCCAUGGUUCGAGUCGGAACGCUGCCGUUUAGAUUACUUGCUGCUGAUUACGGUGCUGAUAUUACCUACGCCGAGGAAAUUAUUGAUCAUAAAAUGAUCAAAUGUGAGCGUGUAGUUAAUGAAUAUAUUGGGUCAACUGAUUUUGUUGAGAAGGGAACCGAUAAUGUUGUAUUCAGAACCUGCAAUCAAGAAAAAAAUCGGUUAGUAUUUCAAAUGGGCACUUCUGAUGCUGUGAGAGCUCUAAAGGCUGCUCAAAUAGUGUGUAAAGAUGUCGCUGCAGUAGAUAUCAAUAUGGGUUGCCCCAAGUCAUUUUCUGUGAGUGGGGGCAUGGGUGCUGCUUUGUUAACGAAGCCUGAUCUCAUACAUGAUAUAUUGACAACUUUAAGGAGGAACAUGGACACACCAGUAACAUGCAAGAUUCGACUUUUAAAGUCAUCCCAGGAUACGGUAGAACUUGCACGGAGAAUUGAGAAAACUGGUGUUUCUGCUCUUGCUGUCCAUGGAAGAAAAGUUGCAGAUAGGCCUAGGGAUCCAGCAAAGUGGAAUGAGAUUGCUGAUAUUGUAUCAGCAUUAUCUAUUCCAGUUAUUGCAAAUGGUGAUGUUUUUGAAUAUGAUGAUUUUGAACGCAUUAAAGUUGCAACAGGUGCUUCGGCAGUUAUGGUUGCAAGAGGUGCUCUCUGGAAUGCUUCAAUUUUCUCUCCCAAAGGUAAAAUACAUUGGGAAGAUGUGAAGAGAGAGUAUGUUAGAAAGAGCAUAUUAUGGGAUAAUGACGUUAAAAGCACAAAGCAUACAUUAAAGGAGAUGAUAACGCAUUACUCCUGCCUUGAACUCCCAGAGGGAAAAGCUUUGAUCAAGUCAGAAAAUUUGGCAGAUCUAGCGAAAGUUUACGGGGAGGAAGAAUAUUUCCGGUUGGUCAGCGAUAACAGGUUCUCACUCAAUGGACAUUAGAUAACUGCAUCAGGAAGCUCCAGUAGGCUGAACAGAACAGUAUACUAAAUAAGCUAGAUGAAUCAGAUGAGCUAGCAAAAAGGAGGCCUCCAACCGAUGAAUUUAAGAGCUCCUGGUGUUGUAUCUUACUGAAUAUUUAUGUUAACAGUAGCAUUUCUUGUUUUCUGUAACAUUUUGAUCGUUUAAAUUAAAUUAAUAUAUGAUCAUUUGUAUCUCA